AUGAAAAAUAUUGAUGAAGUGGAUGAAAUUUUUGUUCGGACAUUUAAUGGAAGUAAUGAUAGCGUAAAUGCAGAAACGCGAUCUGCGCCUGGUGAUUUGCAGAAACCAUCUUCUAAAAAAAAAUGUAGGAAUGUAAAAAAUGGAUUCGCUUCGGGGCCACCCUGGCCAAAACGUGAGAAGCCCUGGUCAACAGUUUGUGUUUGGCAAAAGCAUCAACAAAUUCAAGCAAUUGAAAAAGAAAUCAAUGUUCUAGCGAAUGAAACACUCGUUGGCAUUCGUAAAUGGAGACCAGCUUGGUUACAACGAUUUAGCUCUCGUAAUUGGAUGCUUUUAUGGUUGUGCUGGUUUUGUACAGUUCAAGGAUUAUUAGUUAAUGGUCUUGUGCCUUCUGCGAUUACGUCAAUUGAACGAAGAUUUCAAUUUAGUUCAUCCACAAUAGGCCGAAUAAUGCAAUUCUAUGAUUUUGGCUACGUGUUGUUUUGCAUACCAGUAUCGUAUUUUGGUGGUAGGCACUCAAAACCAAUGGUACUAGCAACUGGUCUACUUUUGAUGUCGGGGACAUUUCGAUAUGUUUUUCUCUUUUGUUUGGCGCAUUUUCUUCAUGGUAUUGGCGCCACUCCUCUAUUUACGCUAGGAGUUAGCUACAUCGAUGAAAAUGUUGGACCAACAUUAUCAUCACUUUAUCUUGGAAUAUUUUAUGCAUUUGCUAUAUUUGGUCCUGCAUUUGGUUUCUUAAUGUCUAGCACUUUUCUUCGAUAUCAUACAGAUUUUUUGCAAUCAGAUCAUCAAAUUCUGAAUAUUGAUGAAAGUGAUCCGAAGUGGGUGGGAGCUUGGUGGAUUGGCUUUCAAAUUGCUAGUUUCUUGGCUGUUGUUGCUGUAUUUCCGAUUUUGAUUCUUCCAAAAGUUCUGCCAGAGUCGCUUAAGUGGCACAGGACGCGUUUACACGAAGAAACAAUGCAGGGCUCUAAAAGGCGUACACCGGAUUGUUGUGGCAUACCAUCAGCUAGUAAAACAGCUGCAGUUUGUGGACCCUUGUUACCAGCCAGUGGAGAAGAACAGCAAAGCCUACCCACUAUAAGCAAUCGUGGACCAAUCUGGUAUCAUAUUUGGCUCGAUGUUCGACACAUACCUAUCGCAAUAUAUCGAACACUCUCAAACGGCAGCUACAUGCUUAUAACAAUAGGAAUGGCAGUUGAUGGUUUAAUUAUAACGGGCGCCUCCACAUUUAUGUCGAAAUAUUUGGAACGACAAUUCAGUGUUGCGCCAAGUAAAGCGAAUAUGCUGAUCGGUUGUAUAAUGGUACCAAUGGCUGGAAUUGGCACAAUGUUUAGUGGAUUUGUAAUCCAGAGAUUUCGAUUGAGUUGUGUAAAAACGUUAAAAUUUUGUAUUGCAUUGCUGAUGUGUUCAUUAUUAUUAUCGCCAAUGUAUUUAAUUUAUUGUGAUCAUGAUACUUUGGCUGGUAUCGAAUCAUAUUAUGAUAUUGAUGUUGGCAGUUCAUCAAAUCAAUAUUUUAUGAAUUCUACGGAACAUCCUCCAACACUGUUUUCAACAUGCAACCAGCAUUGUGACUGUGUUGAUAGUGAAUAUCAUCCUGUGUGCGCUGAAUUUCAUGAUGGUAAACAGACGGCGUUUUUUUCACCAUGCUAUGCUGGUUGCGAUAAAAAAUAUGAGCCACUGCAGAAGUUCUAUCACAAUUGUUCUUGUGUACCUAAUGGUACCAAAUUUGGUCCAAAAACUGUGAAAAAUGGUUUCUGCGAAUCGAAGUGUACCGGUCUCUUUGGAUUUCUCAUAAUGUUUGCUCCGUUUUGUUUCUUUGCAUUUGCUAUCGGUGUACCAUUAAUUUCGGUUGUUUUAAGGACAGUUGAUUAUGCUGAACGUUCUUUUGCACUGGGUAUACAGUGGAUUUUGGUUCGAGUAAUUGGGACGAUACCAGCUCCAGUUUUAUUUGGUUGGAUGUUUGAUGUUUCAUGCAUUCGUUAUGAUCUAGAUGUUUGUUCUGGAAGUUGUAUGUUAUAUCAGAAUAAAUUGCUGGCAGAUUUGUUUUUAGCUUUCAGUGUUGUUGGUCAGACUAUUGCGAUGGUAUUUUUCAUCUGCACUCUCAUCUUUUUUUCAUCACAAAUGCGUGACGAUCCUCUUCCAGUUGCUGCAACAGUUGCAGUGCCUGAAGCCACUGAUGAUAUUGAUGUUAAUCCCGCUGAUUUGAAUUCUCCUAUGAAGACGGUGAAUGAGGAGAUUCAAAAUGCGUAA